AUGUUGCCUUCGGUUAGGUUAGCAUGCUUGACUUUUGCCCCACGAGUCUUGGGGAUAUCAGGAUUGUGGGAGCGAGGGAUGCAGAUUAAGUUGACCAAGCGUCCCCUGAAUCCUGCGAGGAAUGCAGCUCGGGUCGACCUUGUGUCACCGAGACCUGCGAGGGUGUGUCACCAAUGGUGA